CAAUCAAAAUGUUUGUCAUCCUUUUUAUAUCGGCAAUUUUGAGUUGGUUAAUUGUUAGACAGUACCAAAAAGUCUCCAGACUACCGCCAGGACCUGUUUCUCUUCCACUUAUUGGAAAUCUUCCGCAAAUUUUCUACUAUCUCUGGACAACAGGAAGUAUUGUUUCAACUCUUGAUCUGUUUAGAAAGAGAUAUGGCAACAUUUUCACACUAUGGGUCGGACCACUACCUCACGUGAGCAUCGCAGAUUAUGAAAUUUCCCACGAGGUUUUUGUAAAAAAUGGUUCUAAAUAUGCGGACAAAUUUCACGCACCAGUGAUGCAAGAUAUCAGAAAAGACAUGGGAAUUAUGGUUACUAACGGAGAUCACUGGCAACAUAUGAGACGCUUUUCUCUUCAGACAUUUAGGAAUAUGGGAGUUGGAAAAGAUAUAAUGGAGACAAAAAUUAUGCAGGAACUUGAUGCUAGGUGCGCCGAGAUUGAUACAUCAGCAAUGAACGGAGUCACUGUUACACAAGCCUCCGAAUUUUUUGAGUUAACCGUUGGAAGUAUCAUUAAUAGUAUUUUGGUCGGUAAACGAUUUGAUGCAACCACAAAACAUGAGUUUCUGAAAAUCAUCGAAACCAUGGAUGCGUCAAUUGAAACUGCUUCCUUUUUCGAUAUGAUGGUUCCGGUUUGGAUUUUAAAAACGUUCUUCAAGCAUCGCUACGACAAUCUUUCCGAUGCCUUCGAAGUUUCGAAAGCUUUCUCUGCUGCAGAAGCAAUCAAAAGAGUUGACCAAAUCAAGUCUGGGAGGUAUUUUAUCGAUGAGAACAACUUACAAGAUUAUACUGACGCGUUCUUGUUGAAAAUUGAAAAAGAAGGACAAUGUCAGGAUUUUAACAUGGAAACUCUGAAAACUAUGAUUGGUGAUUUAUGGAUAACAGGCCAAGAAACAACUACAACUACUUUGAUUUCUGGAUUCAAUCAACUUUUGCUACAUCCGGAAGUUAUGGUGAAAGCUAGAGAGGAACUUAUGAAAGUAACUGAAAAUGGCUCUCGAAGUCUCAGUCUUACUGACCGUGCUUCAACUCCAUACCUGAAUGCAAUGAUUGGAGAGAUUCAACGUCAUGCUUCAAUCCUUAAUGUAAACUUCUGGAAAAUCAACAAAGAAUUCACGUACAUGGGUGGUCACCCUGUCGAUGCUGGAGCUCUUGUUACUGCUCAACUAGGUACUCUUCAUGUUAACGAGACAGUUUUCGAAAACCCGCUGAAGUUUGAUCCAGAAAGAUAUAUUCGAGACGAGAAUCUCCUCCAAAAAGUUAUUCCAUUCGGAGUUGGAAAGAGAAGUUGCUUGGGAGAAUCUUUGGCUAGAGCAGAAUUAUAUUUAAUCUUCGGAAAUCUCCUUCUCCGCUAUAAAUUCGAGUCAAGUUCAAAACUAUCAACCACCGAGCUUGCUCCAUACAGCAUCGGAAAGAGACCAUUCAAGUUGGAAAUGAAAUUUGUCAAAAUUUGAAUCUUAAUGCAACGAAUUAGUGAAAAAUUCAUCCUGGAAUAAAAAAUAAUUCUAAAUAU